AUGGCUGACAAUGAGAACCCUCAAUCCACACAAGCUGAGCUCCUAGCUCAAAUCACUGAACUUCAGGCAGAAGUGUGGAGGUUAGCAAUUGACAAAGCAAUCCGACCAGUGGCGCAAAAGAAAAGAAACCUCGGAGAAGAGAAAAAACAAGCAGCACUAGAAGAAACCAAGAAACUCCUCAACGCAGGUUUCAUCAGAGAGAUCCGCUUCACCACAUGGCUCUCAAAUGUGGUAAUGGUAAGGAAAAACUCAGUUGAUAAUGCUUCCGGUUUCAAAAGCUUAAGUUUUAUGGAUGCAUACUCUGGUUACAACCAGAUUCUAAUGCACCCAGAGGACCAAAGCAAAACAGCUUUUAUAACAGAACAUGGAAAUUUUUGUUACAAGGCAAUGCCUUUCGGUUUAAAGAAUGCAUGGGCGACGUAUCAAAGACUAAUGGACAAAGUAUUUCGACAGCAAAUAGGUCGGAAUAUGGAAAUUUAUGUAGAUGAUAUGGUAGCAAAAACGUCUGCACAAGGUUCACAUUGUGACGACUUGUUAGAAGUCUUCAACCAAGUCCGAGCAUACAACAUGAGGCUCAACCCAGACAAAUGUGCCUUUGGAGUUCAAGGAGAAAAAUUCCUCGGCUUCAUGCUAACCUCACGAGGGAUAGAAGCAAACCCAGAAAAAUUAUCUAACCAUGCUAUAAGCUCGUCCCUAGUGAUUGAAACAGGGAAAAAGCAAAACCCAGUAUACUUCAUUAGUAGGGUAUUACAACCAACAGAAACAAGGUACCCAAAAAUAGAACAGCUGGCGUUGGCACUGAUCACCACGGCAAGGAGAUUACGACACUACUUCCAGAGUUACACAAUAAUAGUACGAACAGACCAACCCCUAAGGCAGAUAUUAACCAGACUCGAGCUCGCGGGACGAUUAAUCAAAUGGUCCGUCGAACUCUCUGAGUUCGACAUUCAGUACGAAUCAAGAAAAACUCUUAAAUCACAAGUACUUGCCGACUUUGUAUCAGAGAUGACUAAUGAAACACAACCUACAGAAGCCAGUUGGAGUAUACAUGUAGAUGGAGCUUCAAACAGAGAAGGCAGCGGAGCAGGGAUACUGCUAAAAGAAGGAGACAAAGUGAUAGCCGAGCAAUCACUACAGUUCCGCUUCAACGCAAGUAACAACCAGGCAGAAUAUGAGGCUCUGCUAGCAGGAUUGAAACUCGCCCAGCAACUAAAGAUACCUCGGAUAACGAUUUAUUGUGACUCUUCACUAGUAGUGCAUCAAAUCAAGGGCGAGUACCAGGUACAAGAUUGGAGAACACCUUUUCUCGAUUACAUCAACACAGGUGCCAUACCAAACGAGGAACCAAACUUGCCGCUCUUUCGAAGAAGAGCAAGCUUCUACAUAGUGGUAGGAAACACCCUGUACAGACGAGGACACUCCCAACCACUCCUCAAAUGCAUCAGCAAGGAUGAGGCCGAAGAAGUUAUGGCAGAAACACACGAAGGGGUCUGCGGAAACCACGUCGGGGGCCGAGCACUGGCUGCCAAAAUAUUACGAACAGAGUACUACUGGUCAACGAUCAAAGAGACUUAUCUCAAAAGUCAAGGCAGCGACAAUUGUCAAAAGCACGCCACCGUUUCAGGAAUCCCAGCCGAAAAGCUACACACCAUAGAGGGUUCAAAGAAAAAGCUCAGUGAGGCCAAGGGCGAGUGGGCCGACCUCAUUCCAGAAAUCUUGUGGAGUUACAAUACUACAAUACAAUCUGCUACAGGAGAAACUCCCUUCAAGAUGGUAUAUGGUGCAGAGGCACUAAUCCCAUUGGAGGUCAGCAUUCCAACGAUAAGGACCGAGUUUUACAAUCAACAAAACAACUUGCAGGCCCGAACAACCGAGCUGGACCUCGUAGAAGAAGAAAGAGACAUUUUAACCAUAAGGCAACGAGCUAUGAAAAUGUUCAUAGAGUGA